UCGAUCAGGAGUUCAGGACAGUCCCCAGCCCAACCAAACAGAGCCGCCUUCCUCUCUUGACCACCUGCUCGACUCGAGUCCUCUCCACAGCGUCCGCGGAACCCUAAGCCGCGUCCGCCCAGAUCCCGUCAUCGGCAUGGCCGCCAAGAUGAAGGAGCACGACGGUGCCAGCCCCGCCAAAAUCUUCAUCGGCGGGCUCUCCAAGGAGACAAGCUUGGGUACAUUCAAAGAAUACUUUGGGAAGUAUGGGGAGAUCAUCGAUGCUGUCAUAAUGAAGGACCGCUAUACCCAAAAGCCCAGGGGCUUUGGAUUUAUUACCUUCUCAGAUCCUGCAAUUGUUGACAGAGUGAUUGAAGAUAACCAUGUUAUUGAUGGAAAGCAGGUUGAAAUUAAGAGGACUAUCCCGAAAGGUGCUGCCCCCCUUAAAGAUUUCAAGACAAAGAAGAUUUUUGUUGGUGGAUUGGUUUCUACUCUGAAAGAUGAUGAAUUCAAGGACUUCUUUUCAAAGUUUGGAAAGGUGGUGGAGCAUGAAAUCAUCCGUGACCAUUCCACCAACAAGUCACGAGGAUUUGGAUUCAUAGUUUUUGAUGCAGAAAAAACUGUAGAUGAAUUGUUAGCUAAGAAAGGCAAUAUGAUUGAUCUAGAUGGUACUCAGGUGGAGAUCAAGAAGGCAGAACCAAAGAAACCCUCUAAUCCACCUCAUUCAUUUGAUAACAAACCUAGGAGCCGUCCUCAUGCAGAUGGUUAUGAUGGAUUUAACAGCUCUUACAGUUACGGUGGUAGUCUUGCGCCCUAUAGAUCACCUGGAAGUUUUGGCGCUAGGCCUAGCAGUUACGCUACUGCUUUUCAUCCUGGUGACUAUGGUGGCAGCUAUGGUGGUUAUGGUGGAGCAUUAGGAGGUUAUCGUGGUGAAUCGUCGCUCUACUCUAGUCGCUUUGGUAGUGGUUAUGCAGGAAGUUAUGGUGGUGGCAGUUAUGGUGGCGGUUUAGGCGGUGCAUACGGGCGUGAUGAUGUGGGUUAUGGUGCUUCUAGCUAUGGGCCUAGUUAUGACCCUUCUUCAGGUGCCAGUGCCAGUGCUGGUGCUGGGUUUGGUAUGGGUGGACUGUAUGGUACUAGGGGAGGCUAUGGUAGCAGCACUGGUGGUGGUGCUACUGGUCGUUACCACCCAUAUGGAAGGUAGGAAAAAGCUUCAGUUGCUGCUGUGUGUUAGAUAUGCCUGCAGAAGGUCAAUCUAGAUGAGAAUGCAAGACAUCACCUGUGGCUAGAAAAAACAUGUUGAGCUGCUCAAUUUGCUGUAUUACUCCUGUUAGACCAGGCUUGUAGAACUUAAAAGCACUGUUCAGUGUUUGAAAUAUGAACAUACUCAAGAUUUUCAUGUUCUUCUGGUUAGAUAGCAUGGCUGGCUAUUAGUUUAGCUUGUAAUUUAGUUGUUGAGCUGCAAGUUGCUUGACAUUAA